ACACUUAACAAAAAUAAAUGUUGCAUAUCAUAAUCCUACUCACUUCAUUAUGCCUACAAUCAUGAUUCUUGGUUCCAUCACCCGCAUGCUCUUUUCUAAACACUCUCACACUUCUUCUUAAUACUCUCAUUCUUAUUCAUACACACCUAUAAAUCUCAUUCACCCCCCAAUCCUUUCUCUCACUUCAACCUCAACAUUUCAAUCAAAUAUUACUCUCAACUCCUCUGUUUUUCUCUGUUUCAUCCAACUUAUUCAUUACCCUCUACACCCCAAAUGGCUGUAUCUGGCUUUGAAGGAUUUGAGAAACGGUUGGAACUUCAUUUCUUUGGAGAUGAUCCAAUUACCUUCCAACUAGGUCUAAGAAAAAUUGAUUUUGAAUCAAUACAACAAGUUUUAGAAGCUGUUCAAUGCACAGUGGUUUCAGCAGUUGGUAACUCUUACUUUGAUGCAUACGUUUUAUCAGAAUCAAGCCUCUUUGUUUAUCCAACUAAGAUCAUAAUCAAAACAUGUGGAACAACCCAACUUCUCAAAUCCAUUCUUCCAUUAAUUCACUAUGCAAACCAAACAGGCCUCACUUUAUGCUCUUGUCGCUACACAAGAGGAAGCUUCAUCUUCCCAAAUGCACAACCUUUCCCUUACACAAGCUUCAAUGACGAAGUAACCUAUUUAGAAGACACUAUCCCUUCAAAUCUUUGCCAUAGAAAAGCUUCCAUCAUGCCCUCUAAAUCCUCUUCACACUCAUGGCAUGUUUUCACUGCACACUCUUCAAUAACUCAUCACAAUCAUAGUCACACUCAUAGUGACAUUGAUAUCUUCACCAUGGAGAUAUGCAUGACAGAGCUAGACCCUAUUCUAGCUCGGAAAUUCUUCCGGCCACCCGGAGAUGGAAAAACUGGUGACUCAGCCGGAAAAGAGAUGACGGAGCUUACUGGAAUCAAUGAAAUAAACCCAAAUGCAUUCAUUUGUGACUUUGCAUUUGAUCCUUGUGGAUAUUCAAUGAAUGGAAUGGAUGAUGAUUGGUAUUCCACCAUUCAUGUUACACCAGAAGAUGGUUUCAGCUAUGCAAGCUUUGAAUGUGUUGGGUCUGUUAACGACAACAUAGUACAUGUGUUAAGGAAAGUUGUUCAGAUUUUCCGACCAGGUACUAUGUCUAUAUCAAUGACAUGCAGUAAUUAUAGUAAUGAGAUGUUGAAGAAGAUGGUGAAUGCAGUUGAGCCACUUGGACUCAAAUGUAGGAGUCGUGCCGUGGAUCGGUUUCCGGCGGCUGAUAUGGUUGUUUUUCAAACUUUUACGGCUCGCCGGAGAAAUGUUUAAUGCCCGCGAGGUGGUGGUUGUGGUGGUGGAGGGAAAAAAAUUAAGUAAGAUUAGUGAAUUGGUUUUAGAGUUAGUUGAAAACAAAAAUGUAGGGGUGGGGGCUGACGUGGCUUAAUGUGAUUGGUUUGAUUGUGAUGUACAAGAAUUAAUCUUGAGAAUGGCAUGGUAAAGGUUGGCAUGAUCAUAUGAUAGUGCAGCCCACUUAGGAUUGUCACGCAUAAGAUUUUUUGAAGAUGUUUAGUGGGUGUAAAAGUGCUCUUGUUUGAGAUUAAUAUUCAACUUUUUUUUAUGCUCUUGUUUUGUUUUU